AUGAGUCUGUACCGUAAUUGUUGUUCGUGUUCAAUAACAAUAGAAGAUGAUGUCAUAAUUGAUAGUAGUGGUAUUGAUGAUAAUGGCACUCAUUAUUCAAUGGAUGAUCCAAAAUUAGCGGAGAUUAUUUUAAAUUGUGUCAGUUCAGUCAGAAAACAUGUUUUAGAAGAACCAACAACUCCAAUACCUCAAAUUUAUGAUCAACAAGUGAAAAAAUUAGUACUUUGUGAGUUUUCAUUAAUCAAAUUAAUUUAA